AUGGUUUUUCAGUUUCAUGAAAAGCUAACUGAAGAAGAGCUCUUGUACUAUUUUGGAGUGACGGACACUCGUGAUGUUGCACACUACAGCCUUAUUGUGCCCACUCAUGUGAAAGGAAAUCGGUUUAAACGGCUGGCCAGUGGAGCCCGGGAAGCAGUACAGUUCAAAGUGAAAGCCCUUGGUGAGGAGUACCACCUGGAACUGUUCCACAACGAUGACCUGCUGCCACCAGCGAAAGCCCUUGGUGAGGAGUACCACCUGGAACUGUUCCACAACCAGGACCUGUUGCCACCAGCGAAAGCCCUUGGUGAGGAGUACCACCUGGAACUGUUCCACAACCAGGACCUGCUGCCACCAGCGAAAGCCCUUGGUGAGGAGUACCACCUGGAACUGUUCCACAACCAGGACCUGCUGCCACCAGCCCUUAGUGAGGAGUACCACUUGGAACUGUUCCACAACCAGGACCUGCUCCACAACCAGGACCUGCUGCCACCAGGCUGUCUUGUUCAGAAAUUAACAGCCAAUGGAAGCCGAAAUGUCUUACCUUGUACAACCAAUGAGGAGAGCUGUUACUACAUUGGAAGAUCACUUCUUCACAAUGAGUCUAAAGCUGCUAUGAGCAUUUGCAAAGGCUUGCAUGGAAUUAUCAGCGUUUCAGAUCAUGAACUGGUCAUUCUGCCGAUUAGAGCCGAUCACGCUGGCCAUGUUGGUGACCGAGACAGCUACCUCCAUGUUGUCUACAGACGUCCAGGCAGUGGGAAAACUUGUCACAUGACAGAUUUGGGUGUCCUGAACGAUGAAUUCAGAAUUGCAAGUCACAGGGUUCGACGUCAGAGUGAUAAAAAAUAUUUGGAAUUGUUGGUUGUGGUUGAUGCAGACAUGUUUAAAUUGCAUGGAAAUGACACACAGAGAUUUACACUGACAGCUGUGAACAUAGCUGCUCUUCGUUUUCUGGAUGGCAGCUUGGGUGACCAGAUUAUUUUAUCAGUUGUAACACUGACAAUUCUGCAUGAAGAUCAGAAAGAUCUAGAAAUAACCAAUGAUGCUGACUUUACACUGAAUUCAUUUUGUGAGUGGCAGGAGCGCUUCAACCCAGCUGAUGAUGAACACCCUCAGCAUGCUGAUGGGGCGGUGCUCAUUACCAGACGCAAUAUUGCCAGUCAUGGACGUGAGUCGACAUCUGGUUUGGCCUACUAUGGUGGAAUCUGUCGCCGCAUGCAGCGGUGUUCUGUGGUUCAGGACUCUGGUCUAGAUCUGGGUUUGACUGUCGCUCAUGAACUUGCUCACAGCCUAGGUAUUCACCAUGAUGGCGAUGGAAACCACUGCCGACCAGACAAGUACAUCAUGGCUGCCAGCAGCAGUUGGGGACACACAGCCUUUCAGUGGUCCAGCUGCAGUGCAAGGGAACUCAAGGCAUUGUUAAGACGAAGUGAUUCCAGCUGUCUUCUUGAUGCUCCGGUCAGAAGUUUGAAGUUGAGCAACCAAAAACCUGGAUCAGUGUAUGAUGCCAAUGAUCAAUGUCGUUUGGUAUGGGGAGAUAACUCUCAUAUUUGUGAAGGAACCAGCUUGUCUCAGCGAUAUGGGGAUGAGUGUGCUAUUCUAGUGUGUUUCAGUCCGACAGACCCAACAACCUGUGUGACAUCAAACUCUCCCAGAAUGGAUGGAACAGAAUGUGGGGAUAAAAAGUGGUGUAUUCGAGGUCAGUGUGUGGACUAUGGAACAAAUGGUCCAGAUGCAGUUAAUGGUGGCUGGUCAAAAUGGGACAAUGACUGGUCCCUUUGUUCACGGACUUGUGGAGGAGGUGUUCAGUACAAGAGAAGAAUGUGCAGUGAGCCCAAACCAAUGUAUGGUGGAAAACAGUGUGAAGGAGAAAAUAUCAUGGCCAGGCUGUGUAACACAGAGGUGUGCAGUGCAAGUAAGGUGGAAUUUACAGCAGAACAGUGUGCAGCUACGGAUAGCAGACCCUUGCUUGGAGUCAAACACCAUUGGGUGCCACAUACUGGACUAUCGGAUGAUCGUCAGUGUGAGUUCUGGUGUCGGGCAGUCAGUGGGAACAUGUUGCAGAGACGGGGGCGGAUGUUUUCAGAUGGGACAGUCUGUCAUGCUGAGAGGCGCCGUGGAUCGUUCUUCAGGUGUUUGAGUGGCAAGUGCACGGCAUUUGGUUGUGAUGGGGAGAUGGGUUCCUCUAGAAACUAUGAUGCUUGUAUGGUGUGUAAUGGUAAUGGUAGUUCCUGUCACAAGAUCACAGGCUCAUACAACAAAGGAGCUAAACACAGAUACAUUACUUUUGUACAAAUUCCUCAGGGCUCGACAUCAAUAACUACAGUAAAUAAGAAUGCAUUCUCACAUAUGAGUGUGGAAGUGCAUGGACAGCGUCUGUUUAACAAGGAUGGAGAUGGUCGAGAUCUUUCUAACACUUACAGCAAAGAUAACAUAACAGUUCUGUACCAGAGGAAACCAGAGAAGAUAACAAUAGAUGGUCCUUUGCCAACAGAUAUAAAACUGCAGACAUGGCAGGUGUAUGGUACUGAUGACUACCUGAAUGUGUCACCAGAAAUCUCCUAUGAGUACUAUGAACCAGAUUUAGCUUCAAGAAGUGUCAAGUUUGUCUGGAAGGUGACCACUGGUCAGUGCAGUCAGACAUGUGGCACUGGAUCGAGGGCAGCCACUGUUUCAUGUGCCCACUCGGUUGAUGGACGGUCAGCCGAAGACCAUUUCUGUGACAUCCGCACGAAGCCUUCAGCUGUGAUCGAGCCUUGCAACACAAACCUGUGUCCCCCAUUCUGGCAGGUGGGAAGCUAUGGAACAUGUUCAAGAUCGUGUGGUACUGGAGUGAUGACACGCACUGUGCGCUGUACCCGUGAAAACAGAAACAUCAAGCAGGUGGUUGAUAACAAACAGUGUGCACACCUGCCAAAACCACCGGUCUCCUCUCAGUGCAACACCGACACUUGUCCCGGAGUCUGGGCCACUUCGCCAUGGUCCGCAUGUUCCAAGUCUUGUAGCUAUGGUGUUAGGACAAGGAAGGUAGUUUGUCACCAGGACCAGCACUCAAACAUGAAAGUCAGGGACAGUCUGUGUGUGGCUGCGAUGAAACCAGUGGAGAAAGAACACUGCAUGGUUGCAGUUUGCUUAGGAGAUGUCAGUUGCCAUAUGUGCAACAACACAGUGGACUGUUCAGCCUAUGGGAAGACAUCUUGCAUAGAAUAUCCUGACUGGGCCACGUCCAACUGUCCAGCCUUCUGUGGAUACUGUUCUGACCACUGCAGUGUUAAGACAUCAGUUCGCCCAUCUACAUACUCAGCGUGUAAAGAUUUGUCAGACUGUGCUUCCUAUGGUAAAGAUGUUUGUCAGAAGUAUGUUAGCUGGAGUGAGACAAACUGCCCUCACUUCUGUGGCUGGUGUGAAGACAAGUGCCAAGAUAGGCAGGACUGUUCACAGUACGGGUCAGAUGUCUGCACCAAGUAUGCUGACUGGUCAAAGGUGAACUGUGAGAAGCACUGCCGUCUGUGUGGGGAUCAUCACGGGGUGGAGUACACAGCUCAAGCCACGUGUGUGGACAAGUCUACAGACUGUCAGUCUUACGGCAAGAGUGUGUGUGGAAAAUAUGGAGACUGGGCCAAAAAAAACUGUCAAAAAUUCUGUGAUUUGUGUCAAGGUAAAGUGAGUACGUCUCGGCCAGCUGUAACUGUCAGUACCGCUGAAAGCCCAGCCUGCCAGGACACAGUUGAGUGUUCAGCCUAUGGAAGUGAUGUCUGCUCAAAGCCCGAAUACCUCGGCUGGAAUAAGCAGCAUUGCCCACAGUUCUGUGGUCUUUGUACAGGACUAAGAACUACCUCUUCUGCAGUUGACUGCAAGGACAAACUGUCAGACUGCAAACAGUAUGGAAACGUGGUUUGUUCUCAAUACAAACAAUGGGCAGCAGAACAUUGUGCCAAAUUCUGUCAUUUGUGCAAACACAGAACCAGAAGGUCUGUCCGCCCACAGAGAAGACUCUGCAACACAGUGCUGACUGCCGACACAGGGACCGUGGAUCUCAUAGAGAGGCUGUUGGAAGGGACGCAGUGUAAACAAGUUAUUGUAGCUCCUCUCGGAAAACACAUCAAGCUGCACAUUCUCAACAUGAAUUUAAAGUGCAUCAAAGGUGACACAUUUACAAUAUCUGAGGUUGGUGACACGAGACUGACGAAACUAUGUACAAACAAGCAGCCAUUUGAGUUUGUGUCGAGCAGUAAUACUGUGAUUGUGAACCUUCAUGUAGCCAGGCGCGGACAUGGUGUUUACUUCAACUACACAAUGCUUUCAUCUGUCCAACCUAUACCAGCUUGCAGCUAUCAACUGACGGCUACCUCAGGGAGGGUGACCAGCCCUGGUUACCCACACGGUUACAGUCCCAAUCAACACUGUGAGGUUUACAUCACUGGUGAACCUGGCAAGAAAAUCCAGAUCAGAUUUGAAGACUUGUCCCUGGAAAAAAAUGACAAGGACUGCAGACAUGACCUUGUGGCUUUGUAUGAUUUGGAGGCUGGAGGUAGUGCUGUCUUCUGUGGAGAAAGAGAAAGUGUAAUAUGGGAGUCAUCAAGUCCAUUUGUGAAAAUAGUAUUUAUUACAGACAGAAAUAAUUCAGGGAAAGGCUUUGCUGCUUCCUACUCCAUAAUGGAAAAAAUGUAAGAUUAGAAUUAAACAUUGUCAUUU